UGCGCCGGAGGCCAGUAGGCUGGCAGGGCUGAGCCGACUCACCUCUAGCGUCGCGCCGUCAGUGCGCCUGCGCGUGGCCCCGGCGCCGCGGUUCUUGACUGUGCAGCGCCGGGCGCCGGCAGUAGCCAUGCAGAAAGCCGACUCCGAGCAGCCCGCUAAGCGGCCCCGACACGAUGGCAGCCCAAGAACCCCGCCCAGCACCCCUUCCGCAGCGGCGGAGAGGUCCCCGGGCCCCGACCUCCCUUCCGACCACCAGACCUGGGGCCCGGAGCAGGUGUGCUGCUUCCUAAAGCGCUGUGGCUUCGGUGAUCCCGGACUGCUGGAGCGCUUCCGAGAAAAUGAAAUCACAGGUUCAUUACUGCCCUAUCUUGACGAGUCUCUUCUUGAAGAGCUUGGCGUAAGUUCCUUGGGGGAGAGAAAGAAGCUGCUUAAUUAUAUCCAACAACUGAGUCAAAUUCAUGUUGAUACUAUGAAGGUAAUUAAUGAUCCUAUCCAUGGCCACAUUGAACUCCACCCUCUCCUCAUCCGAAUCAUUGACACACCUCAAUUUCAGCGGCUUCGAUAUAUUAAACAGUUGGGAGGCGGUUACUAUGUUUUUCCAGGAGCUUCACACAAUCGAUUUGAGCAUAGUCUAGGUGUGGGGUAUCUAGCAGGAUGUCUGGUUCGCGCAUUACGUGAGAAACAACCAGAGCUGCAGAUAAGUGAACGAGAUAUGCUCUGCGUUCAGAUUGCUGGGCUUUGUCAUGAUCUUGGUCAUGGGCCAUUUUCUCAUAUGUUUGAUGGAAGAUUUAUUCCACUGGCUCGCCCAGAUGUGAAAUGGACGCAUGAAGAGGGCUCAGUUAAGAUGUUUGAGCACCUAGUUAAUUCUAAUGGACUCAGAGCUGUCAUGGAACACUAUGGUCUCAUUCCUGAAGAAGAUAUUUGCUUUAUCAAGGAACAAAUUACAGGACCACUUGAAACACCCACCAAAGAUUUUUUGUGGCCAUACAAAGGGCGUCCUAAAGAGAAAAGCUUCCUUUAUGAGAUAGUGGCCAAUAAAAGAAAUGGCAUUGAUGUGGACAAAUGGGAUUAUUUUGCCAGGGACUGUCAUCAUCUUGGAAUCCAAAAUAAUUUUGAUUAUAAGCGCUUUGUUAAGUUUGCCCGUGUCUGUGAAGUAGAUAAUAGGAAGCAUAUUUGUACUAGAGAAAAGGAGGUUGGGAAUCUGUAUGAUAUGUUCCACACACGCAACUGUUUGCACCGUAGAGCUUAUCAACACAAAGUUGGCAACAUCAUUGAUACAAUGAUUACAGAUGCUUUCCUCAAAGCAGACCCCUACAUAGAGAUUACAGGUGCUGAAGGAAAAAAGUAUCAUAUUUCUACAGCAAUUGAUGACAUGGAAGCCUUCACUAAGCUAACAGAUAAUAUUUUUCUGGAGAUUUUGUACUCUACUGAUCCCAAAUUGGAUGCAGCACGAAAGAUUUUAAAAAAAAUUGAAUACCGUAAUCUAUACAAGUAUGUGGGUGAGACUCAGCCAGUGGGACAAACAAAGAUUAAAAGGGAAAGCUAUGAACGCCUUCCAAAAGAGGUUGCCAACGCUAAACCUAAGGACGUGUUGCUAGAAGCUGAACUGAAGGCUGAAGAUUUCGUAGUGGAUGUUAUCAACAUGGAUUAUGGAAUGGAAGACAAGAAUCCUAUUGAUCAUGUUCGCUUCUAUUGUAAGAGUGACCUCAGGAAAGCAAUCAUGAUUACAAAAAAUCAGGUGUCACAACUUUUGCCAGAGAAAUUUGCAGAGCAGCUAAUCCGAGUAUAUUGUAAGAAGACGGAUGAGAAGAGUUUGUUUGCUGCACGACAGCAUUUUGUUCAGUGGUGCUUAGUCAAAAAUUACACCAAGCCGCAGGAUGGUGAUGUUGUAGCCCCACUUAUAACACCUCUAAAACGGGAGUGGAAUUACACGGAUUCAGCCCAGAGUCCAGCUCGCAUCCGAGAACCAGCCAGAUUCAGAGUCCGGCUUUUUCCGGAUGACUCCACGUGAAUGUCUGCCAUCAGUUGUUUACAAAGAACCCCCCCCCCCCCCGAACACAAUUAACUAAUUUAGGGAAUUCAAUCAUAGAGUUUUACAAAUUUAGUGACGACUAGUGCUUUUUAUUUUAUAUUUUGAAUGUACACACGUGCUGAGGCUAGGUAAUUUUUUUUUGAGGUAACACUGGUUUAUAACAGAUUUCAGGUGUGCAACAUCAUAGUUUGACAUCUGUAUAUACUACAGCGUGCUCACCACCGAAAGUCUAGUUUCCGUCCAUCACCAUGCAUUUGACCCCCUUUACCCGUUUUGUCCUCCCCCCACCCCCCUUCCCCUCUGGUAACCACCAGUCUGUUAUCUGUGAAGCUAAGUAAUUUUUAUGCAAAGAAACAAAAAGGUAUUAGGUAAAUCUUGCUAUACAUACUAUGAAAAGCAUUACCUUGCCUAUUUUUAGUAUUAAUUAAAGGCUUUCUCCUUUAGUAGUCUAUUUUCUUAGAAUAACAAUCCUUUUAUGUACUCUGAAUUCUUAUGACGUACGAUUGUUUU